AUGAGUGAAGUCAAUCAAGUUAGAUCGCAAGAAUUCUGCGGCACCUGUGGAGAGGGAAACCAACAAGCCAUGAACCCGGUCCUCAAAUCCACAGCAUCUUCUCAGCACUCGGAGGGCAAGGGCAGCCACGCAAUGGCGAGAAAUGAAAGCUGCUUCCUAGUCAGGCACACGCCUCAUCCCAGACGAGUUUGCCACAUCAAAGGUCUGAACAACAUCCCAAUCUGCACUGUGAAUGAUGAUGAGAUCCCACUUAGAAUGCUGUGGAGCCCUGGCCAGGUUAGCCACUUAGAGAGGAACGAGAUGCCUUUAGCCAAAUCUGGUAACCCUCCCAGCACCGCAAUCCUGCAGAGUCCCGCAGGAGGGCUGACACCAGUCCGAAACAAAGGUCUUGCAAGACCUCAGUCUGAGCCAUGUAAAAUUAUGAAUGAAUGCUUCAAAACCUCCAUCGACAAUCCCUUAGUGAUUAAGAAGGAUGAAUUUAAAGCCAAAAAGCCACUACUGGCUCCACGGACGUGCUCUGCUGCUGGCUCACUGCCCUCACCAGUGAUGAACACCAAGAUGGCUGGGAAUGAAAACACUGUGUGCAUACCAAACUAUCUGGACCAGGAGAUAAAAAUCCUGUCAAAGCUCUGUGACAUUUUACACACUGACUCUCUGGGAGAGGUUCUGCAGUGGUUGCUUCAUGCAAGUUCCAAAGAAAAGGAGUGGUUAUCAGCUUUGGUUCAUUCUGAACUAACUGAGAUUAACCUGGUGACUCGGCAUGGAAGAAAUACCCCAGCAGAACCAAUGGCAGAGCCCAGGAAGCAAUCCAUGACUGUAACACCCGCCACAGCCAAAUCGAUGCAAAAUACACCUGCACAAUCGAAAGUGCGGACCAGACUCAGAGACGGACACCAGCCAUCCAGAACGUCAAGUCAAGGAUCUGAAGGCAAUAGGGCAGUCUCACAAGGGGCUGAGAGCCAGUUGUUUCUAAGAAGAAACAAGACAAAAAUACCUGUUACAGAUUAUUUCAGCAACCCAAAGACUCCUCUCAGGCCCACUACUCAGGACAGUGGGUCAGCAAAACCAGUGUCAGCGAGGAGUGUGCGAGGACACAGCACUCAAAUAGCAAUCUACCCCUUAACCACACCAAAAGUAGAUGAGCACUGGCCAGUUCCUUCACAAAGGCGAGCUUCACACUGACAGAACAUCCAGAAUAGUUUUAAAAAUAACUAAACGGUCCUCCAUAUGGUGACAAUGUAAGUCUC